GUUCGCGCUUCUCUACUUUUGAAUGUCAGAUUCUAAGCUCGCUAACAAAACCACAGAGAAUGUCUACCGGCGUCUGGUCAUACUGUGUUGAUAUUAGUACAGAGAAUCCGAAGACUCAUGCAUACUUUAGUAUCGUACAGGCAAGGUUUUGGACCUUCGAACAUUACAUUAAUUGGAUAUGUGAGAACACUGAGCCUCCUAUUUGGACCACAUGCAUAGAACAAUUUUACGAGUCUCUGCGUAUUAUAAAUAAAUUCAAAUCGGCACCUCUUAGCGUUCGAGCAUAUGUGAAAAGUCUCGCGGAAAUUAUGGAUGAAACUGAAAGACAAGAUACGAUGGAAGCAAUUGAGAUGACAUAUCUAGCACUAAUAAAAGAACGACAGGGCAAAAAUCUUAGCAAGAACUUGUUACAUGCACAAACGAACAAAAAGGCUUAUGAUUAUGCCAUAGGUGUUGUUAGUUCCAAAAGACAAGCGAAUAAAAGAAAAUAUUCCCGUGAGCAGAAAAAGAGAGGAUCAGACAAUAGUGACGAUGAGGAAGCAAUGGAAGGAUCUGUUCUCUUUGGUGAAUCAAAUGAUGAAAUUGGUGGUUCAGGAAGCCAAAGGUAUUUCUUUAAAGACCAUAUGAGAUUUUUCUGAUGGUCAUACCUAAUUUUAAUUCAUUCAUAUAAAGUUUCUCUAAUGCAAGAUCA